UCUUCGCGCUGCGGGUGGCUUAAGACUCUCCGGUCGUAGAGGUUCACGCCAGGGUAAUAGUCUGGCAGAAACUUUGAUCUUUGAGAUUUUCAACACGUGGGCAAAGAAGAGGACGUAGAGAUUUGUGUUUAGAAAUUAUUGCUGGAGCCGGAGAAAUAGUACAGCAGGAAUUCACCUCAGAAUCUUAUGCCUGCAAGAUGGCUCUAAGUAAAUCAAUGCAUGCAAGAAACAGAUACAAGGACAAACCACCAGACUUUGCAUAUCUGGCAUCCAAAUAUCCAGAUUUUAAGCAGCAUGUUCAGAUAAAUCUUAAUGGAAGAGUGAGUCUUAAUUUUAAAGAUCCUGAAGCAGUUCGAGCUCUGACAUGUACUCUUCUGAGGGAAGAUUUUGGACUUUCUAUUGAUAUUCCGUUGGAAAGACUAAUUCCCACAGUUCCCUUGAGACUCAACUAUAUUCACUGGGUGGAAGAUCUGAUCGGUCAUCAUGACUCUGACAAAAGUACUCUCCGGAGAGGAAUUGACAUAGGUACUGGGGCCUCCUGCAUCUACCCUUUACUUGGAACAACUUUAAAUGGCUGGUAUUUUCUUGCAACUGAAGUCGAUGAUAUGUGCUUCAACUAUGCAAAGAAAAAUGUAGAACAGAAUAAUUUAUCUGAUCUCAUAAAAGUGGUGAAAGUACCACAGAAAACACUUCUGAUGGAUGCUCUUAAAGAAGAAUCUGAAAUAAUUUAUGACUUUUGCAUGUGCAACCCUCCUUUUUUUGCUAAUCAGUUGGAAGCCAAGGGAGUAAACUCUAGAAAUGCUCGAAGGCCUCCACCUAGCUCUGUAAACACAGGAGGCAUUACAGAGAUCAUGGCAGAGGGAGGUGAAUUGGAGUUUGUUAAAAGGAUCAUCCAUGACAGUUUACAGCUUAAAAAAAGAUUAAGGUGGUACAGCUGUAUGCUGGGAAAGAAAUGCAGCCUGGCUCCUCUAAAGGAAGAACUUCGUAUACAAGGGGUUCCCAAAGUCACCUUCACUGAAUUUUGUCAAGGUCGGACAAUGAGAUGGGCUUUAGCUUGGAGUUUUUAUGAUGAUGUAACGGUACCUUCACCACCAAGUAAACGAAGAAAAUUAGAGAAACCAAGGAAACCCAUUACAUUUGUAGUAUUGGAAUCUGUGAUGAAAGAAUUAUCUCUCAAGUCCUCGUCUUUGGGCUCCGAGGCAGAGGAAGGCAUAGUAGUUGUGACAACCUGGAUCGAAAAAAUUCUCACCGAUCUAAAGGUCCAGCACAAAAGAGUUCCCUGUGGAAAGGAAGAAAUUAGCCUUUUCCUAACAGCCAUAGAAAACUCCUGGAUUCACUUACGGAGAAAGAAAAGAGAACGUGUGCGACAACUGAGAGAAGUUCCCCGAGCUCCUGAAGAUGUCAUCCAGGCCCUGGAAGAGAAAAAGGCUACCCCCAAGGAGUCUGGCGGUAGCCCAGAUUUGGCCAAGGGCACCCUGGAGAGUGCCCUGCGUGGGCCUGCCCUAGCUGAAGGUCCACCCGCUACUGCAGAGUGCCAUGGUCCGCACCAGGAUUUACUUUCCCAGGAGGAAAACCCAGAGCCCAUGGAGGAUGAAAGGAGUGAGGAAAAGGGAGGGAUGGAGGUUUCGGAAAGUUGUAAAGGCUCUGGUAAUGGUGCCCAGGACCAGGAGGCUUCUGAGCGGUUCAGCAACCCAGUGUCUGAAAAAGGAAACCAUCUCCAAGGAGUGGCUGGACAUUACCUGUUUAAGUGUUUGAUAAAUGUUAAGAAGGAGGUGGAUGAUGCCUUAGUUGAAAUGCAUUGGGUUGAGGGUCAGAACAGGGAUUUGAUGAAUCAGCUUUGUACCUAUAUACGUAACCAAAUUUUCAGGGUGGUUGCUAGUUAACUCGAAGCAUCUUGCCCUGUCCGGACUACGAUUUUCUAUAAAGCAGAUUUUUGUGGCGUGA